AACAUGGCGGCCUCUCUUGCAAGGUUGGCAGGGCUAAGAGGACUACAUUCGGCAACAUGUCUUUUGAGGAACACCGGAAUGACAACUGCAAAGUCUACAAGGACGAAGGGAGUAGGCAUAAACGUUUUUAAGAGAACAAUUAGGACAUCGAUCCCUCUUCAAGGUGUACCUACAACUCAAAUACUCAUGCCAGCACUGUCACCCACCAUGGAGGAAGGAACCAUCAUUCAAUGGAUGAAGAAUGAAGGUGAUCCUAUCUCUCCAGGAGAUGUUCUCUGCGAGAUAGAAACUGACAAAGCCACUAUUGCCAUGGACAGUGAUGAGGAAGGUAUCCUGGCAAAGAUUAUUGUUCCAGCUGGAAGCAAGAAUGUCAAAAUAAACCAACUGAUUGCAGUGAUGGUGGAGGAAGGUGUGGAUUAUACACAGGCUGAGGUGCCACCGGAAACAGAAAUUCCCAGAAAAGCAGAAGAUGCUGCCCCAGUUGAAGGAACCCCUACUGUUCAUGUUGAUACUGAAGUGCUGAUGUCACCAGCUGUUAGACUGCUUCUCGAAAAAUAUCACCUGAAUCCCAGGCUCAUCCAAGCAACAGGUCCAAAAGGCAGACUUCUAAAGGGUGAUGUGCUCAGAUAUGUGGCACAAGGAGGGCAGCCAUUCAAAAAGCCAGGCGAGGAAGCUACUGCUGUUCAGAAGUCACCUCCAAAACUGGCUCCUACACCUGAGACACCAUUGACAGUUUCAAAGCCCCAGCCAGUCUCAUCAGAGCCUCCUCCCCUUCCAAAAGCUGGUCAGCAGUUCACAGACUUACCCAACACUAACAUGCGCCGUACCAUUGCCAAGAGACUAACAGAGUCUAAAGCUUCUGUUCCACAUACCUAUGCCUCAACAGACUGUGUCAUGGACGAUCUUCUGAAGUUAAGGAAUAGUCUCGAAAUAAAAGUUUCGGUGAAUGAUUUUAUUAUCAAAGCAGCGGGCUUGGCGUUAAGGCAGGUCGCAGAGAUGAAUGCUGUUUGGAACGGUGAAGAAGCUAAACUUGUUAAAGAUGUGGACAUCUCUGUCGCUGUAGCAACUGAUGCUGGGCUUAUAACACCUAUUGUCAAAACAGCAGACGCCCUAAAAAUUGCGGAGAUCUCAACUGUUCUCAAGGACCUCGCCAAUCGCGCUAGGGAAGGUAAGUUACAGCUGCACGAGUUCCAAGGUGGUUCGUUCACCAUUUCCAACCUCGGAAUGUUCGGAAUCACCGAGUUCUCUGCGGUGAUUAAUCCACCUCAAGCUUGUAUCAUGGCUGUCGGUGGAACCCGCCCUGUUUUAACAGCCGACGACAAAGUACAGAGCGUUAUGACGGUCACAUUGUCUUGUGAUCGGCGAAUUAUUGAUGAUGAAUUAGCUGCAAGGUGGUUAGAGACAUUCAAACUCAACAUUGAAAAUCCCUCUAGGUUAUUGCUUUAACACAUAGCCAAACAACGGGACCUCAUUGCAGAGCACACCCUCAGGACUGUAAAAAGUGUCCCUGACAAGAGGAAACUGGUGCAGAAUAUUAUGAACACCAGACAGUGGAACCCUAAUGCAGUGAACACCCUCAAUAUAGUACAAAAUGUUCCUUGAAUAUAGGUAUCUGGUACAAAAUUUUUAGGAAGUAAAGUGAAAAUUGGUGUUGAAUGUGCAGUAUUGUGAAAUACAAGAAACUUUAUCAGUGAAAGUGUGACAUUUAAGAAAACAAAAAUGAAAAAGGUUGGAAUUACUUAUGUAAAUAUAUUCGGAAAUAUUAUAUUACUGUAAAAUUAUA